CUCUGCCCUCUCGUCGUUCCUUAUAUCCCCUCUUCUCCCUUUCCCCUUCUUUUCCUUUCACUCUCGCCGUCUCUGAACAGUUCAAAUCUUGAAGGGAAAACUGCAAGCAACGAAAAUGGGUCAGAUCCAGUAUUCGGAGAAAUAUUUUGAUGAUACUUACGAGUAUAGGCAUGUGGUUCUUCCUCCUGAUGUGGCUAAACUGCUUCCCAAGAAUCACCUUCUCUCUGAAAAUGACUGGCGUGCCAUUGGAGUUCAGCAGAGCCGUGGCUGGGUCCAUUAUGCUAUUCAUCGUCCUGAGCCACACAUCAUGCUCUUCAGGAGGCCUCUAAAUUAUCAGCAGCAGCAGGAGAAUCAGGCUCAGCAAAACAUACUUGCUAAGUGAUUGAAAUGUGCUUUGAUACCUGAAAAGUGGGGUUUAAAACAAAUUCUAUUUAGGGUUUAUGUUCUUCAUAAACAGUUUGCUGUUGUGGGACUUGUCUGUAUUGUGACGCUCUAGUUUUAAGAGUUUCAUGUUAAGAUUGUCUGUCCCUGCCUUAAGUAUGAUGCUGAUGACAUAAUGUCACUGGUAAUAUGUGUUUUGCAUAUAUAAUGUUUCCCAUCUUGUCGACUGCUUAGAUGGUGGAUUGAAAAUGUUUGUAUUGGCCUGACUGAUUUGGUGCCUCUUUUCUUAUGUGGGUUUGUUUGAUGGAAAAUUUUUCUUUUGUAUUCUCAUUUUUUACAAAGACUAGAUUUUAAUCCUAGUAAAGAUGAGAGAUUUGA